AUGGCAGAAGGCACUAGAUUCCGGUCAUUGGAGGAGCAAGUUAAGAAACAAGAAAUCAAGCUGCAGGAAUUGGUAGAAUCUCUCCAUACAUCACAGUCGGAGCAGCAGCAAAUUAAAAAGGAAUUGAAACAGGAACUGGAGGAGAGUAGCAAACGGAUGGAAGGCCUAUUAUUAGGUAUGGAGCAGAAUUUUCUCAAAAUUUUGGAGCAAAAGCUGAACAAUCUUCUGCUAAGGACUCCUAUGAAGGAGAAGACUACUGAAGGGGAUGGAAGAUUGCCAGUAGAUCAGACGCCACUGUUACCAACUCCACCAGCUCACUGCAGGAUACAACCUGAAGGCGAAGCUCAGAAACUCUUCAAGAAGGACUGGAGUAAGUUUCAGAUUCCAAAUCCUCCUAAAAUUGAUUUACAGCUAUUUUCUGGAGAACAUCCUAGGGUUUGGCUGAGGAAAUGUAAUAAAUACUUUUUGAAUUAUCAAGUUCCACACGAGCAUAAAAUUGAAAUCAUUGAAAUGUAUCUGGAUGGCAAGGCUGACAAAUGGUUCCAAGGUGUAAAAAUUGAAAAGCCUAGAUUAGGAUGGGAGGAAUUUGAAGAUAUGUUAUGUAGGAGGUUUAAUGAUAGAUCGUGUAAGGAUAUAGUGGAAGAAUUCAAUAAACUGCAACAAGUAGGCAGUAUCGAGGACUAUCAGGAGAGAUUUGAGGAGCUGAAGCCUUUGAUGAUGAUCAAAAAUAGAAACCUGGAUGAAAACUAUUUUAUUUCCAGUUUCAUAAGUGGACUUAAGGAAGAAAUUAAGCCUGUGGUCAGGAUGCUGAAACCUGCCACACUAUCUGAAGCCUUCGAGCUAUCUCAAUGGCAAGAGCAAGUCAUAAGAAUCCAGAAUAAAAGCUCCAAGGAAAACACCAGGCCAAUGGGAGAAAACAAAUUUGGCAUAACCAGAAGUGCUAACACUUCUGUUGGAACAAAUUCUUACAAGGUCCCUGCCACUAGCAAUUUUAAGCACACUAAGUUUAGGAGUUCACCAGGGGAUACUAAGGAACCAGCAAAGUUGUCUGCUCAGGAGUUGCAGUAUAGGAGGAGUAAUGGAUUGUGUUUCAGGUGCGGAGAGAAGUAUGGAAUGGGACAUCAGUGUAGAGUGGGUCACUCAAAUUGUAUGACACUGGAAGAGGAGGAGGAUUCUGCAUUUGAGGAUGCCCUUGGAGAACAAGAUGAACAGACUGGGAAUCUUGGACAGGCCAUGGAAGUGUCACUGCAUGCUUUAUCUGAGGCUCUUAAGAGAAAAACUAUUACACUCUCUGGAAUCUUAGAUGGGGAGGAAGUACUGAUAUUGGUGGACACUGGGAGCUCAGACAGCUACAUUAGCAGUGAGCUUGUAAUUGGGAUGGACAUAGGCUAUCAGUGGGUGGAUCAACCAUUCUCUGUCAUAAUGGGGAAUGGAUCAUGUGUCACCAGCAAUGCAAUAUGCAAUGGGGUGCAGUGGAGGAUUAAUCAACACAACUUCAGGUAUAACCUCAAGGUAAUGGAACUGGGAGGUUGGGACAUAAUCCUAGGAGUGGACUGGAUGACACACUUCAGUCCCAUCACAUUCGACUUCCAACAACUCAGGAUAUCCCUGCACCAUGAAGGAGAUGAAAUCCAUCUACAUGGCCAAGCCGAUAACUGUGACAUGGAUUUGAUCAGGGGCAAGGACUUAAGAACAUUUAUAGAAUACAAGAAACAGAUGUGUAUGGCUAUGUGUGGCCAACAGGAAAAAGACAGACAAGGGAAGUCAGAAACCACACCUCAAGAGGUAGAGGCCCUGCUACAGGACUAUAAGGAUGUCUUUCAGACUCCUAGCUCAUUACCCCCAAGUAGGAGCGUAGACCAUGAGAUUCCUCUCAAACAGGAGGCUCAGCCAUUCAAACUUAAGCCUUACAGAUAUCCUCACUGUCACAAGGAGGAGAUAGAGAGACAGGUUACUGAAAUGCUGCAGAAAGUCAAGAAGAAGGAAGGCACCUGGAGGUUUUGUGUGGACUACAGGAAGCUGAAUGAGAUCACUAUUAAAGACAGAUUUCCAAUACCCAAUGUAGAUGAACUGUUGGAUGAGUUAUCAGGAGCUGUGUUCAAAACCAAGUUAGCAAUGGAGGCUUUCAGUAAACAGCAGCAACUAACAUUGCAGACAACUAUUACAAAAAAGAUUCUAAGCUAG